AUGCCGGCCUCUGAAGAUCUCAUCAACUUCGACGUGAUCGAAACGCAAAAGGAGAACAUCCAGUCUCUCCCAGGAGGAAGGUCCGCCAAAGCUCUAGCACAAAUAUUUUCCUCCGGAAGCAAUGGCGACAGAUACGUAUCGCCAUCGCCUAACGAGACGCGAACAUUAAACGAUGCUGUUAGGCAGGAGUACGAAGCCGAAAUAGAAGCCAGCGCUGACUCAGACGACCCCCUCGAUGUAUACGAUCGAUACGUGAAGUGGACGCUCAACGCUUAUCCUUCAGCACAAGCAACGGCGGAAUCAGGUCUUUUGCCUUUGCUAGAACGAGCUACCAAGGCAUUUCUCAACUCCACACAUUAUAGGAACGACCCUCGCUAUCUGCGACUGUGGCUGCAAUAUAUUAGACUGUUCUCAGAUGCUCCACGCGAAACAUUUGCCUUCCUUUCACGUCACAAUAUCGGACAGGGUCUAGCAUUAUUUUACGAAGAAUUCGCCGCUUGGCUUGAAGGAGCAGGCAGGUGGGCGCAAGCUGAGGAGGUCUACAAGCUUGGCCUUCAGCGCGAAGCACGCCCCCAGGAGCGUCUACUUCGCAAAUUUGAUGAGUUCCAGACUCGGUUUGGUCAACUACCGCAAGGCAGCGACGGACCGUCAUCUCCCGCUUUACCAUCUGUGCGUCCUGCUUUGGCAGCCAAGAUCGACCCAUUCUCUACAGCACAGACUCCGCCAGUAGAUCCCCAGGCGCCGCAACCGAGAGGUAUUGGUGGCAGCGGGGCUACCAAACCCGGAAAGCCAAAGAUGGCCAUAUUUAGUGAUUCUAGCGACACAGCCUCCCAACCUCCAGUCAGUGGGCAGUCUGCGGGUUGGGAUAGCAUCCAAUCAAUCCGCGAAAGGCGAAAGGAAAACACAGUCGAGGCGAAGCCAUGGGUUGGCGAAACAUUGAAGUCGGAGAAGCAACGCGCACCGGUUCAGAAAAUGGCUAUUUUCAGGGACAAGUCAAACCCAAAUACACAAAAUGAAUCAAAUAUCCCCAGCGUGCCAAAGGAAACUCCCGAACAUCAUAUAAGAGAGGCAGUUAACCCUCGCACCGGUAGGAGAGAGCGUGUUUUUGUGAAUUUACAGGCUGUUUAUCCCGACUACGAGAACCCCAGCUUCGAAAUUUGCUUGGAGGAGCUUCGCGCUGCUCACCGUGGAUGGCUAAAGAAAGAUUGGCGCAAACCUAACAAAGCAUUGCAGGAAAUUCCAACUAAUGCUGCUGGACGCGUUUCAGAACGCCCAGACGAGAUCAGCGAUAAUAUUGAAAAUGCGCUCGUUGAUAGCUUAAAUCAAAAGCUUGCAAUUGAUAGGAAAUCAGGGGAACCUCGUGAAGGGAAAUUAUCAAAGGUCAAGAAAAUCAAAAUGCGAGAAGUAAACGAGACACAAACAGUCAAAACAAAUCUGGAUUCGCCCACAGGACCCAAGAUCAAACGCAGAAAUGUCUCAGAGCCUACAAUGACAUUCCACACGCGAGCUGCAACAGAUGAAAUUUAUAGUAUUUUCAACCAACCGCUACAAUCUGAGACGGCUGAUGGAAACCACGGAGAUAGUCUCUUUGACAGUGAGUAUGAAGAUGAUGAUUAUACGAGCGUCGCAGAUAGUACUGGUACUGGAAGAAUGUCGGCUGGUACUAGUGAGUUUGGUGACGAUGAUACCAGCACAUUACGGAGAGGCAACGACGAAGAGGAAGAUAUGACAAAUGACGGCGAAUGGACCGAAUUCACAGUGAGCAAGCAUAUUCCCACUGCGUCUAUCGAUGGGCAAAACGUAGACGAAAAUGUGCCAGAGUCUGCGAAAGAGAGAUACAUACCAGAGAUGCCUGAAAACUAUAACCCCCCAGUUGGAAUGUAUCGCGAUGCUGCGAUCAUGGCUCAAAACCGGCUGCCUUUCAUGACACCUAUUAUUGAGCAGACAGAAUCUUCGCUCGCCUCGUAUACUGCUGCAAAAAGUCGCCUUUAUGAUACGAAGACGCCAUGUAAGACUGUUCUAGAAGUCGAUUACACACCAAAGGAUUCGCCAGUCGGGGAUUUGCUUCUCCUGACCCCAGAUCCAGAAGCAGUCAACACCAAUCUUCAAGAAAUCCAGUCACCCAGUCCGGCGGUCAAGACAGAAUUGCGACGGACUCCUGUCAAGAAAGUCUCAUCUCAAUCUACGACUAAUUUUGAGUGCAUAAUAAGAGACGAGCAAUGCGAUCCUACAGAUAAAGGUAUCCGUAGUAAGAUCCUUAAUUCGAUAGAACCACCACUUGCCUCAUUUGGUGGGUUCUAUAACCACUCGUCUGUAUUCGGGUCCAAUGCUGGAGAUAUUCUAAAAUACUCGAAAUCACUGAAGAAACCAGUGAAGGGCGCUGACAAGUUACCUACCCCGGUUCUUGGGUUCCCGAAUGCUAAGAGAACGUACGCUAUCAGGAGAGAACUUGGGGCGGGAGCUUAUGCGCCAGUCUAUCUUGCUGAGAGUGUUGAAGACAUUGACUCGUACCUUUCUGACAGCGAGGACGAAAGUGGCAGGAAGCCAUCGCCAGUUGAAAUAGCACGCAGGCAGAAUUUUGAAGCUAUUAAGAUGGAAACCGACCCCCCCAAUGCAUGGGAAUUCUACAUGAUCAGAAUCGCGCAUGACCGCAUGGCGACCUCGCCAUCUCUAUCCCGUGCGACGGAAAGCAUUGUUAAGGCUCAUGAACUCCAUCUUUUCAAGGACGAAUCUUUUCUUGUCGAGGAUUAUAGAGGGCAAGGCACUCUUCUGGAUCUCGUCAACAUUAUCAGAACAGAAGCAAUCACAAACACAGGAAACUCGGACGCUGGAAUGGAUGAAGCGCUCGCAAUGUUCUUCUCUGUCGAGUUAUUUCGUACCAUCGAAGCUCUCCACGCAUGCGGAAUCCUACACGGAGACGUCAAACCCGACAACUGUCUGGUUCGGUUAGACGAAAUAAAAAAUAGAUCUUCCUCCCUCCCCUCACCACCUGGCGAGCCCCUUUUCGACCUUGCAGAAGAAGAUGCUAUGGCCGACCCCAACGAAAUCCACUAUUCAUCCCGCGGCCUCUGCGGCUGGCGUCAAAGAGGACUUAUGCUCAUUGAUUUCGGCCGGGGCAUUGACAUGAAAGCCUUCCGACCUGACGUCCAAUUCAUCGCAGACUGGGAAAUGAGCCAACACGACUGCAUUGAAGUGCGCGAAAUGCGGCCGUGGACAUAUCAAAUCGACCUGUACGGCGUCGCAGUAACCAUUCACGCCAUGCUGUUUGGCAAAUACCUCGAAUGCGUUCCCGCCGAUUCGCGUAAUUCCGGCGGCCGAGAUUCCUUCAACAAUAACAACAACGAAACCCACGGACAACAAUCGAUAACGGAUAUCAAACGCUACCGAAUCCGCGAAUCCUUCAAAAGAUAUUGGGACCGUGCCAUCUGGAGCGAUGUAUUCGAUCUCUUGCUCAACCCAUGCACCGACCGAUGGACACAAAUGGAGCAGCAAAAUGCAUCAACCACCACCACCAAUUCCCCUUCUUCUCACCUCCCCGUUUUAAACUCCAUGAAACACAUCCGUGAAAGAAUGGAGGCGUGGCUAGCCAUCAACGCGGAGAAGAAGGGCCUCUCCCUGCAAAUUCGGAAACUAGAAGCCCAUCUUUCACGCCGGAAGGAGAGGCUUGAGAAGGAAAUAUAA